UGUGGAGACUGGACGCAAAAUUUUCCAUUCUCUUGUUUUACUUGUUUUCUAAUUUUUCCGGUUGAUUGCGAAAUUUUCUGAAUAUAUAUGUGUAGCGCAGUCACACUGCUAAAAUACGAUUGGAAGGGGAUUUUUAACCUUUAACGAUUAGCGUAAAAUUUAGGAAUAAUGAUGGAUAAUCCCGAUGAUCGCCAAAUGCCGUCAGCAUCAAAGGAAUCAGCUCCCUGCGCGAAAGAACGUACAACCCGCGAAUACGGACUCUAUCGGUCGAAGAUGUCUGUUUUAUCUGACAACUGUGAUCAGGAAAAGCGAUCGAAAGCUCAGAAAGCGGUAAUACCUCCUUGCGAUGUUUGUGGAAAAUUGCUCAAAACCCAGGAAUCCAUGCGAAGACACUAUCGUCGUCAUACUGGCGAAAAACCUUAUCCAUGCACUGUGGAAAUGUGCAAGAAAGCUUUUCGCACGAAAAGCGAUCUUCUGCGACACCUGCGAAUGCAUACGGGCGAAAAGAGAUUUAAAUGCCAAGUUGCACAGUGUGGAAAAUCCUUUACCACCUCCGCAACUUUGAAAGUCCAUGAAAAAGUUGUCCAUCUUAAUGAAAAACGGUACAAGUGCGCAACAUGUUCCAAAGAAUUCGGAUAUUUAACAAAUUUUAAUAAUCAUCUCCGGACGCACAGCGGCGAAAAACUCUACUGCUGCUCUCACCCCGGUUGUGAAAGCAAAUUUGCUGAAUACUCAACUGCGCUCAAGCAUGUGAUUAACAUCCACAGUGAUCCCGCGUCGUUUCGAUGCAAUGAGUGCAACAGGUUUUACCGAUCACGAAAUGGGCUUUCGUACCAUGUCCGGACAUUUCACGCACAACGGAAGCCAGACAACAACGACAGCGAGACAAGGGAACAAGUGCGAGAUUUAAUCUUGGAGGAAUUUCCCAGCCUGUUCCACAUAAAUGGCGGGCUUUGUGCGGAAGAUGAACAGGAGGCUGCCUUGUUGCUUGGAUUUCGUCGGCGAACUGAUGCAUCGGAUGCUGAUAAGUGUGAGGGCGGAAGUCGUGAUAUAUCGCAUCCCAGCGCUGGACACCACCACUCGUUAUCCGAUCGUUGGAAUUCCGAUGGGCAUUUUCCUUACAGAGAUGCUUCAUUUGUUGACGGAUUUCCUGAAUUACUAGUACCGGAAUCCGACAUGUGAUUCAUGCCAUUGAAGUUCACAAGGCCCAAAACAGGAAAUUUGUGCGUAAAGGAGAGGCAUGCAGUGUGCACCUGUUGUCGGUUGCGGUUAUGGAUUUGGGAGGACUAUGUGAUCCGUUAUAAUUAUUUGUAGUGCCUGAUCGACUGUGAAGAACACAUUUUCUUGGAGUUUCUUCAUGAACUAGAAAUUAUUUGCACUCAGUUGUAUAGCGUUUACUCGGGUUCACUGAUUCAAGUCAAGUUUAUGAGGAAUUUUUGAAUGAAUGAGGUACGAAGUAUUUUUGACUUAAAUAUCGGCAACUACGGCAAAUUAAAAAAAAACG